GAAAGUUUACUUAAUUCUUUGGUUGCAUCCUCUUCUUCAGUUCCUUCAACUUCUUCCCCUAUUUUUUCACCAACUUCAAAUUCUUCUUUUAAUUAUUGUGGAAGUAAUACAGGAGGGGGGAAUAUACUCGCUAGAAAUAGCACAAAAACUUUAAAAUGUCCAAAAUGUAAUUGGCACUAUAAAUAUCAAGAAACACUUGAAAUACACAUGAAAGAAAAACAUGCUGAUCAAGAAGUUUUAUGUCUCUUCUGUUUAGAAAAUCAAACACAUCCAAAACUUGCUAGAGGAGAAACAUAUUCUUGCGGUUAUAAACCUUAUAGAUGCGAACUUUGUAAAUAUUCAACAACAACAAAAGGCAAUCUUUCAAUUCACAUGCAAUCAGACAAACAUUUACAUGCUUUACAAGAAAUCCCCCAAUCUUUGGCGGCUGCUGCUGUAGCGGCUAGUUCUUCUCAAUUAAUACUCGGAAAUACUCAAUUUAAUAACAACAAUAAUUAUUCAUCAACACAACAAGAAUUUGUAGAUAUUUCCAAUACUUCCACAAAUAAUUCAAAAAUAAUUGGGGGAUCUCUUCAAUGUUUAAUUUGUUUUAAUUUUUAUACUGAUAUUUCUGAAAUUAUGGUUGAACAUGCAGAAAAGGAUAGAAGCUUAACACAAGAAUGUGAUAUUUCUACAAUUAACGGAUAUUUUCAAUGUUUAAUAUGUCCAUACAGCACUAAUUUAAAAGCAAACUUUCAAUUACACACUCGUACAGACAAACACCUACAACGUGUUCAAAUGAUUAAUCAUUUACGAGAAGGAAUUACUGGACUUUUUGGACAAUCUGAACAAUUUUCACGACUUGGAACACUCAAAAGUGCUGUUCAAGUAAGAUGCCAGGAAUGCGAAGAAAUAUUUUCUUGGUAA